ACCCAUUAAACUCAAUGGAGAGGAUAAAUCAAAUUUCAGAAGGGUCUCAUUUUGUGCUUUCAUUGCCAACACUAAAAAUCCCUAUGUUCGACCUCCAUGAUGAAAUCGUGUGAUUGUAAGUGUACGACAACACUAUAUGACAAGUUAAUGCAUUCAUGUGAUAAUGCUUUCGGAAUAUAAUCACGUGCUUUCAUCUCAAACAUCAAAAGGCCCUAGAAUGUAAAGUCUUAUUCUCUAUAAAUUCCGGAGAAUGGAGAGCUUCUACGAAAGUGUGAAAGUGUUUUGAGUUAUCAAAAACAUGGAGAAAUCAACAAUGUCAGCUAUACUGUUGGUGUUAUACAUUUUUGUCCUCCAUCUUCAAUAUUCUGAGGUCCACUCGCUUGCCACGACUUCUGAUCAUGAUUUUAGCUACCUGAGCUUUGCAUACGACGCCACUGAUCUAGAGUUGGAAGGAUCAUAUGACUACGUUAUAGUUGGCGGAGGAACAUCAGGGUGUCCAUUGGCAGCAACUUUAUCAGAAAAAUACAAGGUGCUCGUUCUCGAAAGGGGCAGUCUUCCGACAGCAUAUCCCAACGUCUUGACUGCAGAUGGGUUUGUAUAUAAUCUCCAGCAAGAAGAUGAUGGAAAGACACCGGUCGAAAGGUUCGUGUCCGAAGAUGGUAUUGAUAAUGUACGGGGCAGGGUGCUCGGUGGCACAAGCAUUAUCAAUGCCGGUGUCUACGCCAGAGCUAACACCUCAAUCUAUAGUGCAUCAGGAGUUGAUUGGGACAUGGAUUUGGUUAAUCAGACAUAUGAGUGGGUUGAAGACACUAUUGUGUACAAGCCAAAUUCUCAAUCUUGGCAGUCUGUUACAAAAACUGCAUUCUUGGAGGCUGGUGUUCAUCCAAACCAUGGAUUUAGUUUAGAUCAUGAAGAAGGAACUAGAAUUACCGGCUCAACUUUUGACAACAAGGGAACGAGACAUGCAGCUGAUGAACUUCUUAAUAAAGGAAACUCUAACAACUUGCGAGUUGGAGUUCAUGCCUCAGUAGAGAAGAUCAUCUUCUCCAAUGCACCAGGUUUGACAGCUACAGGAGUCAUAUAUAGGGAUUCUAAUGGAACGCCUCACCAAGCAUUUGUACGCAGUAAGGGAGAAGUUAUCGUGAGUGCAGGGACAAUUGGGACCCCUCAACUUCUACUACUUAGCGGUGUUGGGCCAGAGUCUUACCUAUCAUCUCUAAAUAUUCCAGUUGUUCUUUCCCAUCCUUACGUCGGACAGUUUCUGCAUGACAAUCCUCGUAAUUUCAUUAACAUUUUGCCCCCAAAUCCAAUUGAACCCACAAUUGUAACUGUUCUAGGAAUUUCAAACGAUUUCUACCAAUGUUCUUUCUCGAGCUUGCCAUUUACAACUCCACCCUUCGGUUUUUUCCCUAGUACAUCUUAUCCCCUGCCAAAUUCGACUUUUGCUCACUUUGCUAGCAAAGUGGCAGGACCUUUAUCUUAUGGUUCUCUCACACUGAAAUCAUCCUCUAAUGUGAGAGUCAGUCCAAAUGUCAAAUUUAAUUACUAUUCAAAUCUGACAGAUCUUUCUCAUUGUGUUAGCGGCAUGAAGAAGAUUGGUGAACUCUUGAGCACAGACGCAUUAAAACCAUAUAAAGUUGAAGAUUUGCCGGGUGUAGAAGGUUUUAAUAUUUUGGGAAUCCCUUUGCCAAAGGACCAAACAGAUGAUGCAGCCUUCGAAACAUUUUGCCGAGAAUCAGUAGCCUCAUAUUGGCACUACCACGGUGGAUGCCUUGUCGGAAAGGUGCUUGAUGGUGAUUUUCGUGUUACAGGGAUCAAUGCAUUACGCGUUGUUGAUGGCUCAACAUUCCCUUACACACCAGCGAGCCACCCUCAGGGCUUCUAUCUGAUGUUAGGGAGGUAUGUGGGCAUUAAAAUUCUGCAAGAAAGAUCAGCUUCAGAUCUAAAAAUCUUGGAUUCCCUCAAGUCAGCAGCAUCCUUUGUUUUUUAAACUUGAUGAAUAAACCCAUGAGUUUGGCUAUAAAUAAAUAAAAUACGAAUCCCCUUUUGUAAAAAUAAACCCAUGAGAUCUGACUCAAGUGGGAUUAGGGUUUGGCUAGCAAACGGGACUAGGCUCUUUCUAUCCCCCAUGGUUAGCUGUACCUCUUUGGUUCGUAUGUAAUAAAUUUCCCUUGUAAUA